AGAGGCUAUCAACUGUCUGAACCGGGCCAUAGAGAUCUACACAGACAUGGGACGGUUCACUAUCGCAGCCAAACAUCACAUCUCCAUUGCAGAGAUCUUUGAGACGGAGCUGGUGGAUAUUGAUAAGGCUAUAGCUCACUAUGAACAGGCAGCAGAUUACUACAAAGGAGAAGAAUCAACAAGCUCUGCUAACAAGUGCCUUCUGAAGGUAGCUACCUAUGUAGCACAGCUGGAGCAGUACCAGAAAGCCAUAGAGAUCUAUGAACAGGUUGGGACCAAUGUGAUGGACAGCACACUGCUGAAGUACAGCACUAAAGACUACUUCUUCAAGGCAGCUCUCUGCCACUUCUGUGUGGACAUGCUCAAUGCCAAACUGGCCUUGCAGAAGUAUGAAGAAAUGUUCCCUUCCUUCUCAGAUUCUCGAGAAUGUAAACUGCUAAAGAAACUUUUAGAUGCAUAUGAAGAACAGAAUACUGCAGCAUAUACUGAUGCAGUGAAGGAAUAUGACACUAUCUCCAGGUUGGACCAGUGGCUGACCACUAUGCUCCUCCGCAUCAAGAAGACCAUAGAGGAAGACGAGAGUGAUCUGCGUUAAUGUUCCUGAUGUCCCUAACCCCUAACCCUAACCCUAUACCCCUUUCUUAGACCCAAACCUCACCCAUAUUCCCUCCUUGCCAUAGGCCCUAAACCCCUGCUUCUUCUCCUCUCACUCUUGUCUUUCUACAGCAGAUAGAUCAUCUUGUCUUUCUACAGCAGAUAGAUCAUCUUGUCUUUCAACAGCAGAUAGAUCAUCUUGCCUUUGCCUUAGUGUGUCUCCCCUCAUCACCCCUGUGUUGAUCAGUCAUCUAGUCCAGGGUGCUUCCUGUUCAACAAACCCACCGUCUGUAUUUCACAGAGCUAGCCUCUCCUGUUCUGCUAAACAGUGCAACAGCACCGUAGCAGUGAUAGCUGUGGUCUGUCUUCUGCCAACUGCGUACCUUGAAGAACACUAACUUGUAGACCGCACCGUUGUGGGACAGGUGCUGCAGAGUGCCUUCAGAAUGAAACCAGCCAAUCAUGAUGUGCCGUGCACUGUACACUACGAAGAGCAGAGCCAAUCGAAAGGUGAAUAUCCCUGAUAAACCCUGUACUCUUCCUGCUUUGGGACUCCGUACGGAAUGGUGCACUGCUUGAUCCGAUUAGAAAUACAUGUAUUCACACAGUGGCCUUGGAAGACCUUAUACAUUUCAUUGUAUUAUCAAUAUUACCAAACAUACUGUAACUAUUUUUGAAGACAAAGUUACAAAGAAGCACCAUAAUGAUGAUAUAAAUGAAUAAACUGCCCAUACAGACAUGA